AUGACCCAAUCGACCCCAAUCGAGCUUCUCAGUGCUCAUGGCUUCAGCUCUCUCGAACUCAAGCACCCAAGUCCGCGACUGGCAGCAGUCCUCGUCCUUCUACACCACCAUCCACAUCCAGAAUCAGACGGCGGCCACCUCCGCGUUCUUCUCACUACCCGUUCCAAAUCUCUCCGCACCCACCCUGGGCAAACUGCUCUUCCAGGUGGCAGGAAGGAAGAUGAAGAUGGAGAUCUGAUUUAUACUGCUUUGAGGGAAGCAAACGAGGAAGUUGGACUCCCGAUACCCGAGGAAUACUAUCGCCGAUAUUCUCAUUCGGUGCAGAAUUCGAAGACUGUUGGUACGACAAACUCGAUCCGGAUAUUAUGUACACUUGAGCCUGUUCUUUCGCUACACAAGCUCAUCGUCACCCCCGUCGUUGCAUUUCUUGAGGAUCCAGCGAUAUUAGACACGCUCCAGCCGUCAGAGGGAGAAGUGUCAAGGAUUUUCACGUAUCCAUUGGAAGCGAUACUCGAUCCUACGGUUCUCAUCCAGUUGAAGGAACCUCUUGUUGAUAAAGGGACAGAAGACUGGCCGUAUGAUGAAGACCUACAUCAUUAUGAUGAUCAUAUCGUCACUUCGCUCGAUAACACUCCAUAUCGCUACCAUCGCUUUCGAAGUAGUGCAUCUCCAGUUACUGGACUCACGUCCGAUAUAUUGAUCAAGGCCGCAACAAUAGCAUACCAUCCACGUAGGACUUCGUAUGUGCCAUCUGCACCAGAUCAAGUGGUUGGCUAUGAUUUUGUGCAGCUGAUAUUGAACCGCCAUCGGGAGCCCGAAGGAGAGGUCGCUGGGGUUUAA